UUAUACAAUAGUUUUCGUAUAAAUAACGCGUGUUUUUCCGUUACAAACAUUGUCGAGUUUGUACACAAACAGUAAACAUGUACAAGGCUGUGUUUUUGGUCUGCGCUCUGGCGCUCACGAUCCAGUCCAUUGCUGGAGCUUGCAUUGGAGCUGGAUUAGGUGUCGGACCCUUCGGUGUUGCUGGUCCUCUUGGUCUCGCUGAACCUUUUGGUCUCGGCGGACCUUUGGGUCUUGCUGGUCCCUUAGGUCUCGCUGAACCUUUUGGUCUCGCUGAGCCUUGUGGUCUAGGCCCACUAGGUGCUCCUUACGGAGCAUACGGUGCCUACGGACUCGGCUACGGCAUCGGUAACUACGCUGGACCUUUCCGUGCUGGUUAUGGCGCUCUCAUCUAAUCUAACAUCUUACAAUUCUGACCUUCAAUCAUUUCAAUUUAAUAACAUUUUUGGAUUAUAUUUAAAAAAUACAAUUAGAGUUUAUUUUGUCACAAUAUCAAACAGUAAUGUCGUCACAUCGAUAAAUAUUCACAUAUAUGUCU